AGUCUUAAUCACUGAGCAGCAGGGGACAAGCGGCAAGGGUUUUCUCCUUCUGUAUCACACUAAAAAUUGGGAACAUUUCACUGUGAAGGAGGCAAAAUGCAGUGAUUUCUACUCAACUUCUGCAUCUCCAAAAUUGGAAGGAUUAAGUAUUUGGUUCGGUAUAAAGUGAAAAGGCGAAUAGCGAUAAGAAACAGAAAAUGUCUGGAAAAGCGGAGGUGAAACAACUUGAGGAAUGCUCUGUUUCAAAUGCACUAGGCACAUGGGUCUUUUCGGUAGCUGGAGCUUUGCUUGCAAUCCCGGUGGGAAUAAAGCGAAAAUCUUUGGCACCCCUUGUAUUCUUCGGCACAACUGGUACAAUGCUUGAUAUAAUCAUGGGAAUCAGUGCCUGUGAAAGAGAACAUGCAGAACGUCAAAUGAAGCUCUUGGAAGCUCAAAAUGCGGCAGCAGCUGAUACUGAAUCAGAAUCUUAAAACAUGUGCAGUUAUUUUGCACUCUCUUAAUCUGUCUCGACUAGUGUUGCCAUCCAAGAAUAAAAAGCUGGUGACUAGGCUUUUUGAAAAAUCUUACCGUUUGAUUUGUGCUGUAGGUUUCCAUUUAAAAGUUCAAUAAUGUGGUUUGUUAUUUGUGUUAAUUGUCUUCACAUUUCUCUCUGGUAUGUCUUAUAUUUCUGUUGUGUUAUGUAAUUGUCGUUUUCUGCUACA